AAUAUUGAAUUGAAAACAAAUCAACUGCAGUAAUCAGAACUGAACUUCUCAUCAGAGAAACAGAGAGCUAACAAAAAUACAAGCAGAUUCAGCCAGGAGAAAAUGAAGACUUCUUUCAUUUGGACCUCAGGCAAGAGAAGAUGAAGAACUCUCUGCUCGCAGCUAUAUUUUUAUUUGCAUCAGAUUCCUGCAGAUGCAUAAACCAGGAUGUUCCAUUUUGCCAGCGGCUCCCAGACUGGGACAAUGAAUUGGUAUGCUACAAAGAUUUAAGUGAGGAUCUCACCUGUACCUGGCUGCCAGAACCCAGUGCUCCAAAUACAGUUAAUUAUACCAUAUUCUUAAAAUGGGACAGAAUUCCAAAACUUUUUCAACGAAACACAUCAUUGUCUUACAUCACAAUAGAACGAAAGCACCUCUACAUGAAGCGAUCUGCUUCUGUUUGGAUAGCAGUGAAUUAUGCCCAUGACCGCUGCGUGAAAGGAAAGAACAUCUCAGUUACACCAAGCAAAACAGGGAAAUGCUUGACACCAUCUAACAUAAAAACUUACCAGAUCACAAACAAAAUGAUAAUAAAGUGGGACCUGCCUGCAACUCCUAUGUCCUACGAGCUGAGAUACAGAGAAAGACUCACAAAAUCCACUCAGUGGAUGCUGGUGCCUGUAGGAAGAAAUGCAGUCAAUGUCACCAUUCUGAAUUUAAAUGCUAUGUCUUCAUACACUGUUCAGCUCAGGUGCACAGCCAAGGAUGGUCUCCACUGUGUUUGCAUUUGGAGUAAAGAGAUUUUGGUCCCUCACAAACUCAUGAACAAACCAAGGAUAUCAUACAAUGCAACUACAGAAAUCUCUCGAGGCAAAAGAAGUGUUCUUCUGAAGUGGGAGGUAACACAAACUGACAACAUCCUUGGAUAUUAUGUCAAUGUAGAAAGAAUACCCAACAGUUGCAGAUAUUUGCCAAAUCGCAUACUUCUAAAGGACAGAAAAGUUCUUCUAAAUCUCUCCCUGGCUUAUUACAGAGUUAACAUUUCUGCCUAUAACGAAGCAGGAGAAUCUCCACAAGCCAUGUACAUUGUCCCAGAGUUCUCUGCAACAGACUUGCCUGGCCAAAUCCAUGUCAAACACCACGGAAGUAAUGCCAUUGUUACCUGGACUCCAGAAUACAAUCCAAACUGUUUUGUGGUUGACUGGGGCACUGGUAAAGAAGAUAUGUACAUGAAAAUAGUAACUACAGCUACUGGAAAUUUCACGCUAGACAAUAUCCAGCCAUAUAAACUGUACCAAAUAAUGGUACAUGCGUCUGAUGCGUGUGAGUGUGAAAAUUUCACAAGCCAUGAAAAGACUUUUGGAGUGACCCAGUUUUACUCAGCUGAAGGAGUUCCUAGGACAGGUCCAGCUAAUGUGACAAUUCUGAAUAUCACAAAGCAUACUGCAUUUGUGAAGUGGACUGCAAUAGCUACUGAAGACUGUUUGGGCUUUCUUCAGGGAUACAGGAUCACCUACACAGAUUUAUCAAGUAAAAAUUCUCUGGCUGUAACGCUCAAUCCUCCUACCACAAGUUACCGUCUUACUGGCCUGAAGGAGAAAACCAUCUACCGUGUGCAGAUUUCAGGAUUCACUAGAGCUGGCGAAGGACCUCCAACUCUUUCACAACCUUUCAGCACUUCAAAAUACGAUAAAGGAGAAUUCGAAGGUUUUGUGACCGGCUUGUGUUUCAGCAUGAUGUUUAUUCUGGUUUUUGCACCUCUCAUUUGUUCUCUGGUGCUUAAAAGGCUGAAAAUAUCAUGUUGGCCCAGUGUACCAAGUCCAAGAAACAGCAGUGCACUCCAAGAUAUGACUAAUUGGAAACCUGUUUCAAGAUCACUGCUUCAGGCCCUCUCAGACAAUGAUACCACCAGCCUUUAUGUCAUAGAGUGUGGGUCGAAGACUCCUUUGAAAACAGAUCUGUUUAUGGAUGGUGGAGAAGAGAGCAAGUGUAAAGCUUGCCAGUCAGAAGACCCUAGCAAUAACAUAGACAGAAGCGUAAAGCAUGAAGAAAUCCCUGAAGAAGCAGUUAUAAGUGAAGAAGAAGGAAUCAUUUCCAUUACAGUACCACUCUCGAGUGAUUACACCAGCGUGGAGUUCAGCCAGAAAGCCCUGAUGAGUAUGACUGUGAAGCUGCCAGCAAGAGAUGCGCAUCCUCAUCUGGAAAUGGAACUAAGCAGUAAGCCAGCACAAGCUGAGCAUCAGAUUUUGUUUGCUCCCCAAGAUUACCUCAAGCAAAGCCAAGUAGUAUUUUUGCCAUCUGGACCAACUUUGAUGGGAAAAGUCAAUUCCAACUGAAGCACCUUCAUAGUUUCCCAUACCAUAAAAUCAAGUUUCAAACCCCAUAAUUCUUGAAUGGAGCCAUUAGGACCAAAUAGGACAGUGAGCUGGUGACAAUAGUUAGUCUCUACUUCAAUGAGCUUCUUUGGUGAAACAGACUAUAUUAGCUGUUUCACCACAGUCCUGUAGGAAGUCCUACCAUCUUCACAUAGGCAAACCUUUCAUAGAAUUGUAUGGAAAAACCUUCCAGCAAGGUAUCUCUUGCCAGGGUGCUUGGUCCCAGGGCACUCAGGAAGACGUUUCAAGGCUUCCAUUCUAACCACAAUGUUAUCCUGGUCAUCAGGAGAGUUCUCUAAUCACUGCAGCCAGUUUAAGAUCUGAUUUUCUAACCUAUUAAAUUCUUCAGCAGAAAUUCCAGCAAGGAUCCUAGCAUUCCAAAGCAGCUCUCCAAUUGGUGAAAACUGUCCAAACAAAAGAGUGAAAAGCCUUGAAUUUAGGAAUAGAAAAUGAUGCUUAUCCAUCUUUGUAAAGUGAUAUUAAGUCCUUUACAUUUUAGCUCUUUACACCUUUAUUCAUCUUGGAUGAAUAGUGCCGUGUAAAUCAAGAUGAUAAUAAGAAUAUUAUUAGUACUGUUUUUUCUACUUGCAUUAAAUUCAGGCUGUUUCUUUCUACAUGUAUUUACACAGACACAGAAGUCUAUUCCUGUUCUCUUGUAAGAUGUAGUUGCAGAUAUUUCAUGCUGCAUGCAAUGAUGAUAUGCCAAACAGACUUCAAGAGCUGAAAAGAUAGUUCAGUUAAUCAUCCCUCCAAAGCUUGCAUAGAGGAGGAGUCAUUGCAAUCUAGGGGAUAAAAGGCUCUUCGUUAAUGUGCUCCCUAUGUGCCUACAUCAUGUAUCUCCAUGGUGCAAGGGGUCUGAACUGGUUUUCCAGCUUACAACAGCUGCUCAUCCAUGAACUCUGUAGGCAUUAAUGGUUUGCAGUUAUUGUAGAAGAUCCAGUUUAUUGUUGUCAUCUCUAGUUUAUGGAGCAUUUUAUCAAAAUUAUUUUGCAGAGAAACAAAUUGAUCAACUGUAUCAUAAGCACCAGAGGCUUCUUAGAUGGACAUAUUUUAAAAUUCUCUCAUUAAAAGUGAUGGAUGACUCACAUACACACAAAUAUUUCCAUGCACAUCAGGCAAUAUGGGUGAUAGAAUAGCUCUGCUUACGAAAAGCUCAAAGAAAUUGCAUAUCCCCUACUUGACUGAUAUAGUGACGUCCCAUAACAAAAACUUUUUUUUUUUUCAUUUUCCUUAUUUAUAUUCACUCUCUAUUUAUUUAUAUCUCUCUAUGUCCAUUAGAACUGGCAGGAGCUAACCUGUAUUUCACUGUAGGUUUUGAAUUGUUUUUUCUUAGCACUCAAAAUGCAUUGUUUUACCACAAAGCAAUCACCCCAUUACCACUUAAUCUUGUUUCCUCUGCUGAUUGAAAGACAGGGUAACAGCAGCACUCUCAAGACUAACUCAAGGGUUUGAGCCAUCUUUUAAAUCUCUAUCUUCAUUUUUUUUUUAACUUCAACCAGGUGACAUUGCCUGAUUGGAAUCCAAGAGAACACAAAUGAUCCGGCUGUUAGUGGAGUUCUUGCUUCUUGUAAUACCUAGUAGAAGGGCUGAAAUGAAAAGCUGUUAUGACAAUAAAGUCCUCAAAAGAUAUAUAAUGAUUAUCAACUAGUUACCAACAACAUUUCUUUAAUUUCUGGCCAGAGCAACUUAUUUUCCUUGUGCAAUUUAUGCCUUUGAUACCUUACUCAUCCCUGCAAACUCCAAAUUCAUUUUUUCUUACUUUGCACCUACCAAAUCAGUACAUAUUAUGAUGUCACAUAUGAAGUAAGUAAUUAGAAUCAAACCAAUGGCUUGUGAGCAGUUUUAGUACAUGAAGCAGCCUUCAUACAUGAAAAUCAAAAGACAGUGAAGGCUUUUGAUGUGGUAUUGCCUCCACGAUAUUAGCCAUUGCCUGAUAUCUUGCUAAACAAAAGGAAUUUAUUAGGCCAGAACAAUUUCCUAGAAGCACAUUUGGACCCGUUUGCCUCAAAUAGAAGGGAUGGAUGUAUUCCACUUCAGUUAUAAAGCUCACAGUACAUCUACUUCUUAGUUGAUCUCAUGAGAGCAAUACCACAUUCAAUAUCUGUAUAACGGCCUUAAAUUGUAUCAUUGGAAAAAUGAGAGACACAUGAAAUAUCCUGGUGUGGAGAUUAGACAUAAAUUAAGAACUCACUCCAUCAUGAUACAACUUUCGGGAGCAAAGAGAGAACAUUUUACAUGGAGAAAAAUAGAAGAGUACAUUUGCUAAACAGUUUCAUCCAGCCAAAAGGGAGGGUUUGAUGGAAUUACAUACCUCAUCAGGGACGCAGGAUCAAAAGGCAGGUGGUACUCAGGUCUCCAGAUUAAGGGCAACUAGUGUUUUGUGGGGCUUUUCUGUUUGUUUCUCUUAUGGGGAUUUUUACUUUAAUUUGAAGUAAUCAUUUGUAUAAUGACUGCAGAAUCCUACCUCGACUAAUAAACAU